GUUGCACCGGAUCGUCGUUUCCGUUUCGAUUUUGCUGAUAACGGAACAACACCAUCGUUCUCGAAGAGCAGUGGAGGUUUUGAGGAAGGCGGAAUGGCAUGUUAUCGAAUGCAGGAACGUUACCAGAAGUGGCACGGAAAUCUACCACAGUCUGGCAAGGGGCGCUGAUUUUGAAGAGUUCACUAUUCCCCGCCAAGUUGCACCUAACGGAUGGAGACAACGAAUUAGUGGACAGCCUGAUGAAGGACGAGGAAGGUAAACACCACCUUCGUAUUAUUCAGCGACUACGCCUCGAUCAACCAAAGUUGGAAGAUGUGCAGAAGCGCAUAUCGACGUCAUCGUCGCACGCAAUCUUCCUCGGCCUGCCGGGAUCGACGUCAUCGGUAGCAUCGUCGGAUGAUGCCAGCGUUCAGACGCGUCCACUGCGUAAUCUCGUGUCCUACCUGAAGCAGAAAGAAGCGGCCGGCGUUAUAUCCUUACUCAAUAAAGAAACGGAAGCAACCGGUGUGCUCUACUCAUUCCCGCCAUGCGAUUUUUCUACAGAAUUGUUGAAACGAACAUGUCACAACCUCACCGAGGAGGGAAUGAGGGAAGACCAUCUGGUAAUCGUGGUGGUCCGAGGAGGAACAAUCCUCUGAAGAGCCUUCUUUCUGGUAUUGCAGCAACUAGUCCA